ACGACUUCAUCACUCAUCAUCGCGACAUCCACCUUUAAUGCGAAUUCGAUCACUUAACGCUACCUAAGUCUUUCAGGUUUCGACAGAAAAGUUGCCCAAUUAUUUAUUGACGCGAGGCACAAUGACGGGGCAAGCUGAAGGUGCUGCAACUACAGUCCGGCGGACGAGUGGGCCUCGAAAGCGGACGAUGCCCAAAGGAGGUGAGACUCCAGUGUUCGCCCGACCAGUUGAGACGGAACCACCCCGUCACAAGAACAAUCAGGACUCGGAAAAGAGACUGAGCUCAGCAAUUGACUCGGAUUGCUUCGAGGUGGAUGCGUUUGGGAAUACCGUUGACCAGCCUGCUAAGCUCCAGGCACCGUCGGCCGGGGGCAGUUCGCGCAAGAGAAAGGUACUAGGCAGCAUUACCAAUGAUGGUCUCGGCAACAGAUUAGAUGGGUCUGCAAUUCAGAAGCCCAAUAAGAGAACUAAGAAGCAAAAUGUUGAGGUUCCGGGCAAGGAGAAGCGUCUGAGGAAGUACCGAGAUCAUGCUCCUUCAUCGUUCCACGAUAUCUAUUUCCGUGCUAGAUCCCAGAGAUUCUAUGUGCUCUCAAGGAAACGAGGCGGAACUGAGGAGUGUCCGAAGGAAGAAGUUGAAUUGACUGGCUCCACGGGCAAUAUUUACACUGUGGAGAUCAAGCCUCGACCUACGUGCAGUUGCCCACAUGCUAUCAAAGGGAAGCAAUGCAAGCACAUGGUCUACGUCCUCCAUAAAGUGCUCAAUGCGCGUUAUGAAUACGUCUAUCAGCUCGCUCUUCUCUCUUCCGAACUCCGAGAGAUCUUCGCUCGUGCGCCUCGUAUCGAGACCGAGAACACUUCAACCCAGGGGACGGACGGGAAGCGCAAGACUAUCGAAGGUGACUGUCCCAUCUGCUUCACAGAGUUCGAAGAGAACAAGGAAACCAUCGUCUACUGCAAAGCUGCGUGUGGCCAGAACAUUCACAAGGAAUGUUUCGAGACCUGGGCUUCUGCCCGGCGAAAAAGCCAUGAUGAGGUGACCUGCCCAUUCUGCCGCAGUACCUGGGAGGGCGAUCAAGACAUGGUCACAAAGAUCAAGAAGUCGGGAGGAAGGAAUGAGGAAGGUUAUGUCAAUGUUGCCGAUCAACUUGGCAUCUCUGGCCAGCGAGACUACAGCACUUACAACCCAUUCUGGGUUAACCGACAACGUCAAGCGGGUGCCAACGUGGGAGAUUGGGACUUUGGCUUCGUACGUGAGCCCUAUUUCAACCGCUCUGGAUACGAUUGAGGCUUCGUGUUCAUGGGACGCAUGAAGCUCAUGGCCAUCAAACGAAUUCAUCGCCGCUCUGUCUUCGAGUUUGAAAGGAAAUUCGGACAGCGCCUGAUUCACAGAAAUCGCUCGUUAUAAGGAGGGCUAAUUGCAUACUUCCAAGGGGCAGCAGCCACAGACGGCAUCAGUACGGCAAGCAUAUUUAUACUGUCAUUUACAGACCCCUUCAAUCCACUCAUAGCUGCAGUAAUUACUGGCUGCCUCAGCAUCCUGCAUCUGAUAUGUAGUACGCAGCAAUGACAA